AUGUCAUUAGACGCUAAGAUCGAUCAAGAAAUUCUUUCAUCGACACCACCAACUAGACGUAACUUUCUUAUUGUACCAUCGUUUAAUCCCGAACGUCGUCAUUCAUGGGGAAAUGUUAUCUUACAUCCAUGUCACAGAAUUGGCUUGAUAGUUAUUGCUGCUGAAACAGCACUGAUGAGAACUGUUGCAAUAAAGUCAAUCACGAGUGUCACCAAUAGUCCUCCACCGCCGGUCAUUUCGAUCACCCGGUCGUCAUCAUCGUCGGAACUUCUAGCUGCAACAAUUCGACCAUUCCUUGCUGAGCGAGAGAAGCAACUAGCAUUAACACCAAUUCCAGCAGCUCGCGCAUCGGUUUCGUCAACAACACCGCGUUCUUUCCCAUUUCGAUGUUGGGGCGGAAAAAAACAUCCAUCGCAGAUUCCACUAGUCGAAUCAAUAUCUACGACUGGUCAUCAACGUCGAAAAAGUUCGACACCGAGUAUUCCUUCACGUCCUCUUCCAUCAUCAUUGAUUCAAAAUCAUCAAACGACAAAUCCAAAACCGACAUCAACAUCAACAUCAUCUUCAGCAAAGCCGCGAGCUCCGACGAAGAAGCGUCAUCGACGACGUGGAAUGGCCUCGGUUUGUGUCUCAUGCGUUUCGUCAAAUCAUAAUCGACGAUCGAGCUUAACCAGAGAUGAUUCGAUUGCAAUCCCUGCUCAUUCUUCUCCAAAUUCUUUAUCUCGUACUCCACCUCUAUUACUCCGUCUCGGACAGAUUAUACUAAGACGACGGAUAAAUUCGAACACUAAUCAUAACAGGGAGACGAUAGCAACCACGAAUAACAAAAUCAGGUAA